GCAAAGAUGGCGGCGGCUGCGGGGAGAAGCGCUCGGCUAGCGGCCUGGGGCGGAAGGUUGCGGCAGGGACUCGCUGCCAGCCGCCGAGCCGUGCCAAGCCCUGGCCCCUUGGUAGCAGCAGUGGCCGGCGUGACCCUGGCAGGGGCAGGAGCGGCCUGGCAUCACGGCCGCCUGAAUGUCGCGGCACGCGACAGCAGCCUCCCCGCCUUAGCACAGAAAAAUGUUGACUGUGGAGCAAUAGAAAAACUGUCUCUUCGUAAACAGCGGUUCAUGCAGUUUUCUUCACUAGAACAUGAAGGAGAAUAUUAUAUGACACCACGAGACUUCCUCUUUUCAGUAAUGUUUGAGCAAAUGGAACGUAAAACUUUAGUCAAGAAGCUGGCAAAAAAGGAUAUCGAGGAGGUACUGGCAGGAAUCCGUACAGCUAAUUGUGGAUCAACUUUUUUUAGAGACCUUGGUGAUAAAGGGCUAAUUUCGUAUACUGAGUAUCUUUUCUUGCUUACAAUCCUCACUAAACCUCAUACUGGGUUUCAUGUUGCUUUUAAAAUGCUAGAUGCAGAUGGCAAUGAGAUGAUUGAGAAAAAGGAGUUUUUUAAGCUACAGAAGAUCAUAAGUAAACAAGAUGACUUAAAGACAAUGAAAACUAAUGAAAUAGACUGUCAGGAACAAGUAAUGAAAGAACCUGAAAUUAACACAACCCUUCAGAUGUACUUCUUUGGAAAAAGAGGAGAAAGAAAACUUCACUAUAAAGAAUUUCGAAGAUUUACAGAAAAUUUACAAACAGAGAUUCAAGAAAUGGAAUUCCUUCAGUUUUCUAAAGGUUUGAGUUUCAUGAGAAAAGAAGACUUUGCAGAGUGGCUACUUUUUUUCACUAACACUGAAAAUAAAGACGUUUAUUGGAAAAACGUUAGAGAGAGGUUGUCAGCAGGAGAGAGCAUUAGUUUGGAUGAGUUCAAGUCAUUUUGCCAUUUUACAACCCACUUGGAAGACUUUGCUAUUGCCAUGCAAAUGUUUAGCUUAGCUAAUCGACCUGUCAGACUAGCGGAGUUUAAGAGAGCUGUAAAAGUAGCAACAGGACAAGAGCUCUCAAACAAUAUUUUGGACACGGUCUUCAAGAUCUUUGAUUUGGAUGAUGAUGAAUGCCUUAGCCAUGAAGAGUUUCUUGGGGUGUUAAAAAACAGGAUGCAUCGAGGUUUAUGGGUGCCACAACAACAGAGUAUACAAGAAUACUGGAAAUGUGUGAAAAAAGAAAGCAUUAAAGGAGUAAAAGAAGCCUGGAAACAAGCUGGAAAAGGCCUUUUUUAAAUUAAAAUAAUAAUAAGGCAAUUAUAUUGCUCCAAAUGUCAAAAUUUGAUAUUUUUUAAAAAAUACUUGCUGCUCUUCCUUUUAAGUCUUCACUGAUUUCCUUUGUAAUAUAGAGAUGCCAUAUAUUUGCUCUCUAAUUCAAUAAUUUCUUGAUAUGUUUUCAGAAAAGAACUUUUUAGGAAGGAAAAUAUUGUUUUAUAAAAUCAGAUAUUGGAUUCUGUCCAAAGACCUAAUUCCAAGUAACAUUUAGUGCUUUGGGAAGAUGGAAAAGCUUACUUCUUCACUGAUUCUUUAGACACAAAAGCAUGAUACGCUUUCUGGAAGAGUGGAUAAGUGCUUAUGGGAAAAAAGUACUUGAUUCACAAGGCCAGUGUUGAUUUCAGAAGUUGUGAUGUUCCUAAUAGGGUAAAUGAAGUUAAAACUUGAGACUUUUCUCAUUUGCAUCGUAUCUCAUGUCUGUUUUAUUUCAGUUAGCUGUACAUUUGGUGUCUUUAAAAUAACAUGUAAAAAAUGUUUGUAUCUUAUAUCUGGAAGCAGAAUAAAAUAUUCACACAUACAAAA